CAGAUUCCCUUGUACACGAAACUAAGAAUCGAUGAACAGAACGUGUAUAACUUAAAAAUUGAGAAUACAGCCCCCCCUUAGGAUUGAUGCAAAAAUUCGUCGACGCGAGAUAUGUAUCGUGACGCAAAUCAAGAAUGUAUCAACUUCCUCUCAGAUCGAAGCAGCGCAACUGAAUAACUUUCACAAACUUUCAUUCCAUAGUUGCAAUAAGCAAAGUCUUCAAGCUGCUUAAGCUUAGCCGCUGUGAUUUCAAAAAAAAAUACGUGGAGUCGGAAUUAGCAAUGGAACCUUUGUACCAAAGAAAGACAAAAAAGUCGCUAGAAAAACAACGUAGUAAUAGCAACAGUAGUUCGGAUGAGGCCAAAUAAGCAGAAUUAAAGGCGAAACACCUACCAUUUUUCCGCCUGCAACAAGUGCAAGGAGUUGGAUCAGCAUCCUGAUCCGAAGAGUAGAUAGCUGUAGCCCUGACACAGGAAAUAGACGAAAGCGACAGCAUGAGAUGCGUAAUUCCUAAAAUAGUAAGAGUGGGGAAAGCGGAAGCAGUCCGAUCAAUGCGAAUCGCGAAAAGCGAAAAGCGAAAAAAAGAAAAGCAAUGUCCGGCGCCGAAAAAUCUAACACGCCAGAGAAAGAAGAUAGUAGUAGAGGGAGCGGAAGCAGUCCGAUCGAUGCGAAUCGCGAAAGGCGAAAAGCGGAAAAAUGCCAACGGCUGCCAAAUUUAAACAAUAUGGUAAGAAAGGCGGACAACAGUAGUAGAGGAAGCGGAAGCAGUCCGGCCGAUGCGAAUCGCGAAAAGCGAAAAACGAAAAAAAAAUAACAGGAGCAAGGGCUGCAGGAUUUAAGACGCCAAGAGUGGGAGACUAGUAGAGAAAGCGGAAGCAGUCCGGUCGAUGUGAGUCGCGAAAAGCGAAAAGCGAAAAAAUGUCAACGGCUGCCAGAUUUAAUAUGCUAAGAAAGGCGGACAGCAGUAGUAGAGGAAGCGGAAGCAGUCCGGCCGAUGCGAAUCGCGAAAAGCGAAAAAAAAGGCGCAACGGCUGCCGAAUUUAGCAAAUACCUAAGAGAGGAAGGCCAAUAGAGAAAGCGGAAGCAGUCCGGUCGGUGGAUGUGAGUCGCGAAAAGCGAAAAGAAGAGCGCGACUGGCUGCCGCAUCUAAUACGUUGGGAAAGUCAGAAAUGAGAGUAAAGCAAGCAGGCCCGUGCGGAUCGCGAUCGAAAAGCGAAAAGCCGCACCAGCAUGCUGCCCGGUUUUUCAAUAUAUUGCGUAGUGAAAAAAAGCCGGAGCCAGGCCCAUAAGCGCGAGCCGCGAGAAGCGAAAAGCCGCAGCGAGGUUUUGCCUUUUUAUGGUGUGCCUUUUCGCGCUGAAGCUGCCCGGCCUGGCGGGGUGGCUGGCGGUCGCACACGCGCCACGCGUGGGCCUUCCGGUGUGUUCCUUUCUUCUAUGGCUUUGGUUUCCGUCAGUCUUGAGCUGCAGAGGCAACUCCCGCUGUUGCUCGGGCCAACUAAUGGGGAAGCCCACGCGAAGAAGCUGCCAACCCGGGAGAUAGAUUGGCACAGGGAGGAGGUGGCACGACUUUCCAGACACACCCGCCCCAACGCGCCGGGGCCCGCUGGAUACUACGCCUUGACGCCCCGGGGCAAACCGGCCUGCCAGCGGGCAGGCAGGCCAAGCCGAAGAAGCCCAAGCGCCCACACAGUCAGCCCACAUGCCAGAAAAUGCGCGCGGCUUCGUGCAAUUUCUUGCGCAAUCUAGCAUGGAGGCUGUUUGCAAACAAUUUGGCGACGCCGGUGCGGGCUUGCUGGUGGUGCGCUGCAUGCUAGCUUCUGUUGGCUCACAGGUGGCGCGGCGAGGCUGCUCCGGUGCCUCGUCUGGGCUUCUCAAAAAUAAAGCAAGCACAGAGAAGUGAAGGGAACAAAAGGACGCGCCGAGGGAAGUAGUCCGACCCAGGCCGUGUAGCCGCUGCGCAAAAAAAAAAAAGGGCUGGGGCGCCAAUAGUGACGCUGCCUAGCUCGUGGCGCUUGUGCCCCUGAAAAAGGGUAGGCGCGGCGCUUUUGCAGAGGCGGCUCGCCUUGUUUCCGUGAAGCCUGCCGGCCGACUAUCUACGACAAACCUCGAGGCCCACCCCGACAACUGCGCCCGCCUUCAUCGCUCCCCCUUCCGGGCGGUAUUCUAUGCCCCGGGGCGUCGCAGCCGGCCAAACGAACCGACCCGACCGGGCCGGCGGCGCGGCGCCAUAUCAAACAAAAAAAAUGGGCGAGGGGGCGCCACGCAUCAGGCGGGCCUGCUGCAUUUUCGGCCAGGGCCCCCCCGUCAAGCCAGCGGGCUCGGCAGGGGGGGGGGGGGGGGGGGGGGGGGGGGCGCGAUGUGGCUGGUCUGUUUCCGUUCCGGAGAAGGGGACGCCGAGGGAGGGUCCUGUCGGCUUCCUGCCUGCCUUCGGGGUUCCGCCUCCGUAGAACCCCCCGCGGCGCCCCCAAUAUGCCUCUUGGAUUUCGUCGGCCGCCGGGCCGUCGUGGUGUGAGGGCGACUCUCUUGUAUAUUUUGGCCUCCCCGCUGCGGGGGUUUUCCAAAAUUCCGCGGGCGGGCGUUUUUGUUUGCGUGGCUUACGGGCAGGGGGCGCGGGUUGUCGCUCGCCGCCAGGCCGGCGGCUGCUUGCGCGCUGCGGCCCUUCGGGCCUUCUCCGGGCUUCGUAGGUUGCGCCCGCCUGGCGCCCGGCUUCUGCUUUCUUGCCCCCUCUGCCUUUGCCGGCCUUUCGCGUUUCAUUCGCCAUUCGGGGGCGGGCGCCCGCCGGUUCCCUCCUCUAUAGUGCGCUCACACCGGGGCGCGCCUGGCAUAUUCUCGUCUGACUCCGCCCGCGGCUGUCUUCCAUUUUUCGGAAUUCGGGAAGGGCCCGCCCCGGGGCUUUUGUCUUAUACACAUACUGAGCGACUUCAGGGCGCGCUGGCUUUCUCCUGCUCCCUUUUUCGCUUUUCGCGUUUCGCAUUUCCGGAGAGGGCCUCGGGCUUUUUCUAUUCAUGUAUGUAAGCACUUCGGGGAAGAAGGAGAGUCUUCUUGCCCUGCUUCCCUCUUGCGUCGCUUUUCGCGUUUCGCAUUUCCGGAACGAGUUCGGGGCCUUUUCUCUAUCUUAUAUAUGCACUCGGGUAUUAGGUUCGUCCUGCUCCCGUCUUCGCUUUUCGCGUUUCGCAUUUCGGAAGCGACCUCGGGUCUCUUUUCUAUCUAUUCUGAGGACCAUGCAACUUCAUUUAGGAAAAAUGGCAUAUCACGGUCUGCAGCUGCUUAUUUGGCCUGAUCCCCAGUUGUUGCUGUGCACACAGCUGUAGCAAUCAAUGUAGCAAAGUUGAUGAAGAUGAAUAGAUUGCAGUCCUCUCUGUUGUCACAAGUUGCUCCACAGAUUUUAUGCUUCUCGCAUCGCCCAUGACGAGAUAGCUAAAACCCCCGGCGUCGCGUGUGAUUUUUCUUCCACCGUUUCGCUGAGAGUGGCAAUUCAUUUGGCCCAACCAGAAAAUGUACUUUGUAGCUGAUGAGUGGUGCGCAAAAACAACUCGAGAAUUUAUACACACGGCGGAAAUUGACAGCAAUAA